CUGAACACAUUACAAGAACAGCACAGUCUAAUAAUAACCAGCAAAACAAUCAACAAGGCACUAUGGAAGCAGAGGAUAAUAGAGAAGUGACACAAGGUAAUUAUCCCCCGACAUCUAUAAUUAACAACCUGAUAUUGAAAGCAAGUUCAGAACACCAGGAUGGUGAAACAACGGGCAGUACCAAAACGGCAGAUUACAUGUUAACUAGUAGAAAGUUUCCAUCAUUAACCUACUCAUCCGAAGAAAGAGUUCCUACAAUCCAAG